AUGGAGUGGGCGUACAGCGGCGGCGGCCACUCGUCGUCGGGAACGAAAUCUCCGGCGGCCGGCGGCCGGGAGGAGGGCUCGUACAUGACGGUGUCGUCGGCGCCGCCCAAGCGGCGGGCGGGGAGGACCAAGGUCAGGGAGACGAGGCACCCGGUGUACAAGGGGGUGCGCAGCAGGAACCCCGGCCGGUGGGUCUGCGAGGUGCGCGAGCCGCACGGGAAGCAGCGGCUGUGGCUCGGCACCUUCGACACCGCCGAGAUGGCGGCGCGCGCGCACGACGUCGCCGCCCUCGCGCUCCGCGGCCGCGCCGCGUGCCUCAACUUCGCGGACUCGCCGCGCACGCUCCGGGUGCCGCCGCAGGGGGCCGGCCACGAGGAGAUACGCCGCGCCGCGGUCGAGGCGGCCGAGCUGUUCCGCCCGGAGCCUGGGCAGCGCAAUGCAGCUACUACCGAGGCGCCGGCUGCUUCACCGGCAGACGCGGGGAACGCGGAGCUCGUUGCAAACUCUCCUUACCACCUCAUGGAUGGUUUAGAAUUCGAAAUGCAGGGCUAUCUUGACAUGGCGCACGGCAUGCUGAUCGAGCCACCGCCAAUGGCGGGGCCGUCGACGUGGAUCGAGGAGGACUACGACUGCGAGGUCAGCCUGUGGAACUACUGA